AAGAUUUUGACAUUUGUGAACGUAAAUACGCACGAUUGAAAAGGAAGCUUUAGAAUUCUUGAUCAAGCAGGAAAGCAAUUUUGGUUUUGUGAAAACGACGGAAGCGAAGACCAGAGGAAUUCGACCUUCAAAUCUCUGAUCAAAGUCUUCUUCUCUAUUCCUUUCGAUCUCCAAAUCGAUCCUCUGUCAAAAUUUUCAGAAUUCGAUUUCAAUUGCCACGAUUUCCGGUGGCGAUUUUAUCGCCUAAAAUCAUUCCCUAGAUUUCCGUGUAGAGCAACGUCCGUAGAGUCAAUGCAUAUUCCCAAAUUGACACUAGAAAUAUUGGAGUGGAGUCAAGAAUUUUGCCGUUGAAGACAAGGGUUCGGAGUAUCUUCCAUCCAGUUUGAAGAUCUACCGUCGGGAUUUCCUUCGGAAUUGAUUCUUCAGGCGGGAAGAGGAGGAGGAGAAGACGAAGAAGAGUUCGAUUUAGAAUCAAUGACCAGCUCGAUUGAGAAAUGCAUCGAUGAGAGUAAAACCCUAAUUCUCGUGGGGUUCCAGGAAAAUAAGCACAAGAUUUUUAGGUGGGUUGGUACCGUUUCGAUUUGGGGUUGCUUUUGAUCCAGGAGGAGGAGUGAUCUUGUUUCUCUUUGGAGGGUUUCGGAUGAGAAAUGGAGGAGAGUGGAACUGCGUUGCACACUGCUAUUAACGCUGUACAGGCACUUGGUAGAGGGUUUGAUGUAAAUUUUGAUACAAGGUUACUCUAUUGUAAAGGCGUAGCUGGUUCUACCAUUGUAGAGGUUGACGAUGAACACACUAGGGAUAUCUGUUUGUAUGAUGAUGUAGUUUUGCUCAAUGUUUCCUGGGAUAUCAAGAACUCCCAGCAGCCUAUUGGGCAUCGAUCUUCUGGAAUUUGUAGUUUCGAUGAGAUGGUAGAUUACUUUAAUCAAAAGGAUGGUCUUUCUGAAGGUUAUCCAUCUGGUAGUUUUAAUACUGCAUUCGGCUUCACUGGUUCAAAGCAGAUUGAUGCUGAUGCAGCAAAGAACCUUUCCACGGAUGGAUUUUAUAUUCCACUUGCAAAAUUUCAGUUGACGAGUACCUCAUUAUUGUUGCACGAAAAUGUCAAGCGGUCUGUUCCAACUUCUUGGGAUCCACCCGCCUUGGCAAGCUUUAUUGAGAAUUUUGGGACACAUGUAAUCACAUCUAUAACUAUUGGUGGAAAGGAUGUGAUAUAUGUUAAACAACACCAGUCUUCUCCUUUAUCAACCAUGGAGGUAAAGAGAUAUGUACAGGACAUUGCAAACCAGAGGUUUUCUGAUACACAAGGUCAAGCGGGUUCCGGAAGUAGAAAACUUAAGGAAAAGGGCCUCGAUGGAGGACUAUUCAACAACCAAGGGGUAUAUCCUCAGCCUACCUCUGCUCCGUAUCCCUCUGGUAAAGAAGAUGUCACGGUCAUAUUCCGGAGGAGAGGAGGAGAUGACUUAGAACAAAACCAUGUCAAGUGGGCAAAAACAGUUAGGUCCUCCCCAGACGUAAUUGAGAUGACUUUUUACCCGAUAACUUCUCUCCUUGACGGUGUAGCUGGAAAGGAGCAUUUAACUCGAGCUAUUCUUCUCUAUCUUGAAUAUAAACCUCCAUUAGAAGAACUUAGAUAUUUCCUGGAGUUUCAGAUUCCUCGGGUAUGGGCUCCUGUGCGUGACACGAUUCCUGGCCAUCAAAGGAAAGAACCGGUAUGCCCGUCUUUGCAAUUCAGCAUAAUGGGGCAGAAACUAUAUGUCAGCAUUGAACAGAUACUGAUAGGACGUAAGCCAGUGACGGGUAUGUGUUUGUCUCUCGAAGGGGGCAAGCAGAAUCGGUUGAGUAUCCAUCUUAAACACCUAGCUACUCUUCCAAAAAUCCUGCAGCCAUACUGGGACACUCACAUUGCAAUCGGUGCUCCCAAGUGGCAGGGGCCAGAGGAACAAGAUAGCCGAUGGUUCGAGCCAGUAAAGUGGAAGAACUUUUCGCACGUGAGCACCGCACCUAUCGAAAACCCCGAAACCUUCAUGGGCGAGUUAUCUGGUGUUUACAUAGUCACUGGAGCUCAGCUUGGAGUCUGGGGUUUCGGAUCAAGAAACGUUUUGUACAUGAAACUUCUGUAUUCUAGACUGCCAGGGUGUACGAUACGACGAACAUUAUGGGAUCAUUUGCCAAACGACAAGUCGAAAAAACUAGUGUCGUCCAGUGAUAAUAGUAAUUAUGCUGCUGAUGAUUCGAGUUCAGGUUCGAAAAACACACAAGGCAACAAGCUUGCGAAGUUGGUCGACACGACGGAGAUGAGCAAGGGGCCUCAAGAUUCUCCAGGUCACUGGUUGGUUACAGGUGCGAAACUAGGCGUGGAAAAGAGUAGAAUUGUGUUGAGAGUAAAGUACUCGUUGCUCAACUAUUGAGAGCAGGUAUGAUAUUAUUUCCCUAUAAUGAUAAUGGUAGGUAGAAGGAAGUAGUAUAUCUGAAGAUUAACUGAGUUCAUCAAACUCGUAAAAAGAAUUGUUGCAGUUUGAUGAACAUAAUCAAGUGGUAGACUAGUUUUGAAUUUAAAUUUAUGAAUCCCUACUGCCAACUGGUGCCAAAGUUAUAUAUAAUUAAAAAAACAAAA